AUGACUGACCCUAAGCAACUGAUCUCCUUAAUGAAGAGUACCAGUACUAAUACGAGGCUAGGCCGAGCCGAAAAGUACACCCAUUGCUCUGCAUGUCGCCGUCCCCGAGCUCUCAAAGUUACAGAUGAAAAGGAGAUCACAAUGUAUGAUUUCAAAACAUGUGAUAAGUGCAGGGCUAAAAACAAAGUGUAUAGACUGAACUCCUUUUACAUAAACAGAAUGUACGAAGAUGAAAAGACUGCCAAUCCCAACCCACAGAAAUAUGAUGACAGGGUGCGUGGGAAUUAUAGAAGUAAAGAGUUCGUUUUUUCCGAUAGUGAGGAUUCUGACGUCACGGCUGUAUCAGCCCGUACAAAGCGGACAACGAAAUCCCAAGCGAUAAGAAGAACGUAUUUACACGAAAGUAUCAAACAUAACGAAGAAAUAUCAAGUCUCGAUAGGCUUCUAGAACUGCUUUACUGCAAUAAAGAACAGGAUGUCAUCAAACUGAGAGUUAGUAUCAUGGUACCCAUUCAUUUGGCUCCUUGCAUGGACGAUAUAAAAGUGAUGAAGCUAAUGAAACUAGUUUCGGAAAAUGAUGAUAAAGAUGCGAAGAGAAAAAUAGAGCUGGCGGGACCAGAGAUACAAAAGUUUCGGAAUAAUCUGAAGCAGGCCAUCCUCAUUCAUUAUAUAGACAGAAUACUUCUUGUGUUGAGAUCAAUUGGUUACGUAUUUACUUUGAGGAGUUCUCGUUUCAAUGGUCCCCGUUUGGAACUCCAGUUACGCUGUUUCAAUGACCUUCCUAGAGGCAAUAGGAUCAAAAGAGAACGUCCUAAGUUAAACAAGUACUUGAAAAAGCAGAUGAUAAGGAACCAGUCAUCGGCAGUGGAAGGAAAACAGGGAAGAAGAGACAAGAAAAACAAAUUUUCCGAUCUUAUCAACUCUAUACCAGCUUUUGACCCUUAUAAACUUUCAUCAGUGAAACGUGCCUACAGAAGAUUAGAGGCAGCUUACCGAAUAAAAAACGAACGUGUUAAAUUCUUCGAGUGUGAGUCGAAGCUAGAAGUAUCAAUGAACCCUGAAUCUGGAGAGCUAUCCGUAUUUUUCACCCAUAAACACCAUUCCACAUUAGAUAACAUUGAUGUCCCAAUUGUAUUCCGAGGAAGUCCUUCAUCGUUGAAACUGCGGCGGUUGAGAGACUUCGAUAAGAUUUAUCAUUUAGAUGAAGACGACAGUGAUAUCAAUUCCUCUAGAAGCUCUUCCACCACUUCGAACAGUUCUGAUGAUAGCAUUGAUGACUCUGACUCUGAGGACAAGGACGUUUCAGAAUCAUCUUCCGGUCCAGGCUUUUCUGAUAUGAAACCUGAAAGCAAACCUCAAGAGAGCAUUCGAUCAAGCACGAAAUCAAAGUUGAGAGCAAAGAAAUCUGGCAUUAAAUUUAACUCAACUGCACAUUUUAGUUCUAGUUCAAGUUCUAGUUCAAGUUCUAGUUCAAGUUCAAGUUCAAGUUCAAGCUCAAGUUCAAAUUCUAGCUCGAGCUUGUCUUCUGAUUAG